UUUGUACACUUUGUAUCUCCAGCAUUACUUGACAAAUUAUGUAUCAAAAUAGUGUUCAAAAUUAUUAAAGGAUAGGUGUAGUAGUUUUGACGUUGUGAGGGGCAUCGGCUUUGAAACUGUGAAUUGUGCAGAAAACUUUAUGAAACUUCAUUUUGUUAGAAAGAUGGAAGGAUCGAGGUAGUUUGAAUUACUUUUGUAGACAUUUUCCGAAGCAAAGUAUGGAAAAAGGUACCGGUCGGUGUGAUCGUUAAAUGCUCAAUUCCCACGAUACCGGAAUUGACUCGGAUUUUAUCCGACCAAGGGUUGUUUUUUCGGCGAAAAAAAAUCAUUAGAUGCUGGCAGAUUACAGCUGGUUCAAGAAAGAAAUUGCCAACUGGAAAUUUAUAGAAGAAAAGCUCAUGAAAGACGUUUUAUUCAAAUAUAAAUAUAUGUAUUUGGUUUCAUAAAUUGCGUGCACAAUCAUAUCCAAAACUGAUUUUAUAUAGAAUUUAAUUUAACUGGUUAGACUCGAAGAAACCGUACGUAUAAAAUUAAUGCAAUUUGAAAAACACUUCGAGAAAUGUAGAAUAUAUUAGAAAACUUAUUCUUAAUUGUCAAAUUGAAAGAAUUCAAUUAUUGAUUCCUGGAAAGUAUACACAUAUAUUUUUCUUCAAACAAAAAUUUUCACAAUACUCGUAUAUCGAAAGUAUUAUAUAUAAAUAUAGAAGCAUUUUUAAAUGGAAGCCAGAAGAGGCAAUCUUCAGGCUCUGCCCAAACAGCAAUCAUCGAAAAUGCAAGUCGUAAAAACGGCUAGCGAGGUGAGUCUCACGCCCAGUCAGGCUGCAGAGCAGGCCAAGUUAAAUGAGCGAAAAAAUCCGUUGGAUGCAUUAAGUCGCUUAUCAUUACGACCACAAGGUGUAGAAAAACGAUCGGGUCUGCAAGAUGUUGAUGACGAAUACUUUAAAAAAAAUAUGUUUUCCCGUACGCAUUUAAAUAGACAUGCGGGGCUAAAUGACUCUUAUGAGCUUCAAGGUCACACAAUUUCGCAGGCGCAAGGUGAUGCUUCCAAUACACAACAGCAGCAGUAUCAAGGCAAACAGCCGUACAAUCCAAAUUCCACUCACGCUCAUCAUCCAACAUCGUUGUCAGCGCAACCAAAUCAACAAACAACAGAAAUUCUAUCACAGCAACAAGCCCCCAGCCAUCAACCCCAAACAACUUCAGCACCAAUGCAGUGUAAAAAUCAGUUCAAAGAACCACAUUUAUCACAGCUACGAACUGAGGCCCGAAAUCAACAUCCUCAACAACAACAACAACAACAACAACAGCCCAUACAAUCAUCUCCUGUACCUGCUCCCGAACCGGAAUUGUGCACAACUUGCCCUAAUUGUCAAACAACGAUUUACCUUGUUCGAGGACACGAUACCAGCAGUGAGCCCGCACAAGGUUAUACCUCAAACCAACAUGAUACCACUGGUAGCACAACUGCUAAUUAGCACAUUACUUGAAUUGCGAUCGCUCUUUCUGUGCGCUCUUUCAAAAUAAGCAAUUUGUUUUUAUGUCAAGCCAAAUUUUUUGUAAUAUAAAUUUUCCAAUGUAAAAUUUUUAAUAAAAAUUGUAGCUAUCAUUAAAAUGCA